GCUGUGGUAGGCAUAUAUAAAAAGCACGUUCUUCCAGUCUGAGGAGCAAGCUUUACCUGUCACUGUCUGCUGCCGUACGAUGCUGGGAGGCCUGGGGAAGCUGGCGGCCGAGGGCCUGGCCCACCGCACAGAGAAAGCCACUGAGGGAGCAGUUCACGCAGUGGAAGAGGUGGUGAGCGAGGUGGUGGGCCACGCCAAGGAGGUUGGAGAGAAGGCCAUUAAUGACGCCCUAAAGAAAGCCCAAGAAUCAGGAGACAGGGUGGUGAAGGAGGUCACUGAGAAGGUCACCCACACCAUCACUGAUGCUGUUACCCAUGCGGCAGAAGGCCUGGGAAGACUGGGACAGUGAGCCUGCCUACCAGCAUGGCUGGCCCUUCCUGAAGGUCAAUAAAGAGUGUGAAACGUGAA